AUGCCAGAGCCAGUGUGUUGCAACUCUCAGAAGUGCCCGGAGCCUUGCUGCCAGAAGACAGUUGGUCAACAAGGUUAGUCAAUUUUCUUAGGACUCCUCACGAAAUUAAUUUACACAAGAUUUCAUAAGGUAAAAAAUCGUAAUUUUGCGAUUUGAAGAGGACAAGCCACGGAAUGUCUUUUCCACGCUUUCCCUGCCCUCACAAACUUUCGUACUCUAUCCGCUAUAAGGCCAUUUAAUAUCGAUUGGACCUGCAAAGUGCGAGCUAAAUUUUUUAGGAAUUGAAGCGCGUCCUAGGUACAGACAAUGGGUGUAUGUGAGGGAACCUAAACGCCGUUACUGUGAUUACAACUCAUAGGUUACAAAAAACUCUUUUGUACUCUAUGCUAUUACCGUUUUCAGUCCAACACUGCGUCUGCUUGGAUGGCGAAUGUGUAAAGGUUGAUUGCGUCGCCGUCUGUUGCAAGCCCAAGUCUGAAUGUGGAGCUGGAUGUUUCACCGCUCCAAGCCAAAAGUGCCGUUGCUGCUGA